GGCAUGGAGGACGUGUUUGCUGAAGGGGUGGAGAAGGUGGACUUCGGCAGGCUACGCCAGCAGAAGAAGGAGGUGAACCUAGCUAUGCACCGGCAGGAGGUGCCCUUGGUGAACGUCUUCCUGGAAGGCGUGAAGAGUGAUCCUGAGGCUCUGGCGAGGACCCCAGCCUCUUCCUUCAUAGACCGGGCCCAAAAGACGAUCCUCACCUCUGCCUAUGCCUUUGGCGAGACGUAUGUCAGCAUGGCCAAGGCGGAUAAAGAGAUCCAGAGGCUGAAGAGGCGUGAUGAGCUGGCCAAGAGCAAGAUGGCGGAGACGCAGGAGGCCAUCUGAGAGAAGAACGCCCUGCUAGUGCAAAAGGCGGCCCUGGCCAAGGAGGUGGAGGAGCUGAA